AUGAAUCCAAACACUGGCAAUCCAGGCAACUUUCUAUACAUCCAGGUGCUCGGUAUGGUCAACGCUAUGAAAACGGGCAAUCCACAAGUAGACAUGCUGAUUGCCAUGGCGCUCCCGUACCUCAUUAGCAUGCUGACGAACGAUUUACAACGAUGGAUAAAGAAACUCUCUGUGAAGAAGGUCAAACUGGGUACACCCGAGUAUGAGCGUAGCAUCACUCAUCGAUCCACACUAACAUCUGGGGGCUCUCAUGUUGACAUUGACCAAGACAACUACAACUUGUGCCUGAUCAAAGCUAUCCAACUGUAUGUUCAUGCCAACUGCAAACCAGAGCUUCGUGAAGCCGAAAUGCACCUCACUAUGCUAGACAACAAAAACAAAAACAACAAUAAUAACAGACGCCGUGCCGAAAUGUCCACUUCUGCCUUGCUCAAGUCCUUCAGCAUGGUCGAGCGCCCAAUGUCCAAGCAAUGGUUAGACAUCGGAAGCUUUGAAGACACACCUAUUAAAUUCUAUGUGGAAGACACUCUAAGCAAGGGCGGGAGCAAGGGCAAGGAAGAUGGUGGUGGUGAUGGAGGAAACGCCAAGAUUCGAGACAUCACAAUUCGAGUCAAGUCCAAUUCCAAAGAAGCUAUUAACUCCUUUCUCAAGAUUGCCUUCGACUGGUAUGUGGACCAACUUCAAAACGUAGAAAAUACCGAUCGCUUUCUCUUUGACUUGGAGGACUAUAACAGUCGAAACGGAGGUGUCCCUAAUUUCCGUCGCUACAAGCUAGGCGAUGACAAGACCUUUGAAAGUCUCUUCAGCCGGCAAUGUCAUGACCUCUUGACAAUCGUGGAUCAGUUCGAGUCCAAAUCUGGCAAGUACCGCAUCAAGGGAUACCCACACAAGUUGGGGCUUCUGUUGACUGGUCCUCCUGGUACAGGAAAGACCAGUCUGAUCAAAGCAUUGGCGCACUACACUGGGCGUCACAUUGUGAAUGUCCCAUUGUCUCGCAUUUCAACGAAUGCAUCCUUGAUGAGUCUACUGUUCAACAAGCGCUACAUGACUAACGACAGUGGUGCCUAUUCGUCCUUGGACUUUAAUCGAAUCAUCUACGUCUUUGAGGAUGUCGAUGCAUCUAGUGAUGUUGUCAAGUCCCGCAAAUUGAUUGCUGAGGAGCGUGCGAAUGCAGCAGAGGAAGCACGCAAACGCGCCGCAAUGUUCCGUGGCGAUGCAGAAGUUGGUACUAACACUAAUACCAAACCUGUAGGCGCUGCGCUAGGUCCACCAGUGAGAUCCAGCUGCGUGAAUGGCGGUGACUCGUUAAACUUAAUGGGACUGCUGAAUGCACUUGAUGGUGUCGUGGACACACCUGGUCGUAUUGUGAUCAUGACUACAAACCACCCCGAGAUUUUGGAUGGAGCAUUGAUCCGUCCUGGCCGUAUUGACAAGCGCUUGGAUCUAGGCUACAUGAUUGGUCAGGAUAUGAUUGAUAUGAUCGAGCACUAUUUUGAGAUUGAGGGAGGACUGGAUGUCGAGAUGAAGAAGCGAAUUGAAGACUUGAUUGAGAAGGGUCUGGAAAUGACAGCAGCUGAGCUUGAGUACCUGGCAAUCGAACAUGAGACCGUGGAUGAACUGGUAAAAUCACUGGAGAAGCGUGACUUGGACGGGACCGACCGCACAGUGAGCUCAGACAGCUCCUCUUGCAAUUCAGAUUCAGGGAAAGCCUCGAAGGAGUAA